UGCUCCGCCGGCCUGCCGCUUUAACGCGGGCGUUUUUGCGCCUGGCGCAGCCUUUCGCGGCGGGGCCGGGCUAAUUUUGCCUUCCGAGCGGCACGGCAGUUUUCGGACGCGGUCCCCCCCCCUCUUCUGCUUCGCCUCCAACUCCCUCCGCCCGCGGAAGACCGGCAGAGGAGACCCGGACGCGCUUGGCCGGCUCUCGCAUCCCCCGGCCGGCCGCCCGCCCUCUGGGGUGGCUUGGCUUCGUUCCAGGAGGAGUGUUCCCCCCCGUAUAAAUCCGCCUCUCGAUUUCCUAAAAGGAAAACCAAUCAAAAAGUGCCCACCAAAGCUGCCUCUGGGAGGGAAAUAGCCAGGUGAAAGCGCACUCAGUUUCCAUGGACAACCCGUCCAUUAUCACCCAGGUGACUAACCCCAAAGAAGAAGAAAUCCUGUCUUGCUCUCAGGAUAAAGUGUCCCAAUGUAAUCUCAGUUUGAAAAAGCAGAGGAGUAGAAGCAUCUUUAGCACUUUAUUCUGCUGCUUUCGUGACUACAAUGUUGAGUCACCAUCUCCCAACAGCACCAGUGUCCUUCCUCCAUUGGUGGAAGAGAAUGGCGGACUUCAAAAGGGUGACCAGAUGCAGGUCAUUCCCAUUCCAAGUCCACCAGCUAAAUACCUCUUGCCAGAAAUGACAAUAUCUGAUUACGGGAAGAAAUGUGUGGUCAUUGAUCUUGAUGAAACACUAGUACAUAGUUCCUUUAAGCCAAUUAGCAAUGCUGAUUUCAUUGUUCCAGUUGAAAUUGAUGGAACUAUACAUCAGGUGUAUGUAUUAAAACGACCACAUGUGGACGAAUUUCUUCAGAGGAUGGGGGAGCUCUUUGAAUGUGUGCUAUUCACAGCCAGUCUGGCAAAAUAUGCAGAUCCAGUGGCGGACUUGUUGGACAGAUGGGGUGUAUUCAAGGCUCGACUCUUCAGAGAAUCCUGCGUUUUCCACAGAGGAAAUUAUGUGAAAGAUCUAAGUCGGCUUGGGCGAGAAUUGAGCAAAGUCAUAAUAGUUGAUAAUUCUCCUGCAUCUUACAUCUUCCAUCCUGAAAAUGCAGUGCCUGUUCAGUCCUGGUUUGAUGACAUGACAGACACAGAAUUGUUAGACCUUAUUCCUUUCUUUGAAGGACUAAGCAAAGAGGAAGAAGUCUACACAAUGCUUCAUAAGCUCUGCAACAGGUAGCCCUUUGAACUCCGGCCGUUGCAGUUCUGCAGCCACCCUGAAGCAUUCAGCAUUUUGCAGAGACCGCUCUGGAUAAGUGUUAAAAUGUUUCUGAUCUUCCUCUGACAUGAAAGACAAUCGUGACUCAGUGCUACUAAAUCAUGGGAAUGACUGAUGCUAUAAGGUGAUCAGACUACUUUUUAAAACAAAAUCAAGAAAGAAAGAAAAUGAAAAAGAAGCUAUUUUGAAUGGGACUUUUAACAAAUUUCAUAAAUGGACGCGUUUUAACAAAAUCUGCUUUUUUUCUUAGAACAUGCCAAAAAAGGGAAAAAAAACAAAAAACGAAAGCUUGGUGUUAUUUCAACAAGUCAAUUCAUCCCCUUCCCAGCUCAUCCUGCUAUGCAGAGUGUUUUUCCCACCCCACCCUGCUUCUAGAGCAGUUGACCUGACUCUGAACUUAAUUUCUUCCAGGAUGAAGUGCCUUUUUGAAUGUUGUUUUAAGAUUUUAAAAGAAUCAUUUUUGUACGAGGGGUAUUUCCAGAAUCUUUUAGUCUUGUAUUGUUUAAAUGCUUGAAAAAGACAAAGAAGAGGAAAGUUGGAAGGCUUUUAUAGAGCAAUGUAAUAUAUGGAAUCAAGGGAGAAAAUUGGAAAAGGUGAUGGGUUUCGUUCUCCAAGUUACUGUCCUUAAGAUAUCAGUGGCUCUGUUUUGUACCACAUUUGAAACAGCGUACAAAUAGAUGGAAGUGAACGGGGUAAUAUCUGGGGUGGAGUUGCAACUACCUUACUAAUUUGGAUGACGUUUUGCACAUAGAUUAGGGCAUAUCUGCAUUUUUAAAUUUUUUAUGGAGUACAGCAAAAUGGAAUGGGAAGUGCCCCCCAUUGCAAGUCCUCAGUACCUUCAGGAAGAGUCUUUUAUUGUGUUUGCUAACGCACAACUGCCAGGUGUUUCCGAUGUCAGGGAUAAAAUACAGAGAAAGCAUAGAAGACAAUGGGUUUAUUUAUUAAGCUUGAAAUAUUGAUAUAGAGCUGUUGCAAACGAUGGGCCAAAGUCCUAGUGAAAGGAAUAGGAGGCAACUUGCGACCGUAACCUGCCCUCCUUUCAAUGGCCCUCAUGUGGGAGACGCUUCUCUCUCUUUUUCUUUUUUUAUUGUGCCCUGUGUUUUGUUUUUCCCUUAACUGCUGCUAACAAAGGCUCAUCGAAUGGAACUGAACCUUGGCUGUUAUACUGUUCUUCGCCGCUGUGCCUGUGCUACUGAAAUUGCAAAAGCCCUUUACUUAGUUCCUGGCCAACGUAGUCCAAGGGUUAAGCAAUUAAUUUUUUAAUUGGGGCUGCGUGUCCCGCUGUCAGCGUUCCACAGAGGAAUUUUCACUCCAGUUCCCUCCCUUUGUGCUUCUUCCUUUUUAAAAAAAGAAAAAUAGGGAUGUUAAUUCUAUGCUUAAUUCUGUGGUGGAAGGUUGGGGUUUUUUUUCGCUUAGCAACUUUCCAACCCAACCUGGGGUUGGAGUGUUGAGAUCAUUAGAACUGAAGGUCAUUUAGGAAAAAUUGGGUUGCCCAAGUGUGAAAUUGAAAAGCUUUUAGUAUUUUUAUUUGGUACGUGCUUAUUCCUUAGUAUAGAACAAGACUCAUUUCUCUCUCACAGCAACAACCCUGUUAAGUACAUUGGGCUGAGAGAGAACACAACCGCACCACCCUGGCUUUCUUUUGUCAAAAUUGUCAAAUCGUUCUCCAUUGCUUAGAGGUAUAUAUUUUUUCACCUUUGGAGGGAAACAUUGUGAUGAAUAUCAAGGAUGUUGGUCUUCUGUAAUUUUUUUUUUUUUUUGGACCACUUGAAUCUAAAAGGGGGCGCACCUCAGUAGUACGUUUCCAUCCUCCUCCUAAAUUCGCUUCUGUUCUUUUUUGCACCAACUGAAGUCCUUUUAACUGCUCAAAUUAGCCAUAUUGGACAAGAACUGUCCGAAAACAUUUGGUGCUCACCCUAGCAAAACUGUCAGUUGCUGAAAUUACAGGUUCUUGCUCCUUGCCUUUGCCUGAUUCUGGUUUAAAAAAAAAAAAAAUCAUCGGCUAAGAAGCAGAUGAGCCCAUUGAUUCAGAGUGAGCAUCAGGCCAACCUCCAUAGGCAGAAAACAGGUGACCAGAGGCACAGUAAAACGAAAAGCCAAAAACUAGACUUGUCACUCCAUCAAAGGGAUUUUUAAUCAGUGUUUGGAGAGCUCUAGCAGUAUUGUACAAGCAGGACCGACCUAUGUGAACCCGAGGAUUGCCCCUCCAUCUAUCCUCAGUUGGCCUACUAAAGGUUCUUCUCUUAGUAUUGUAUCUCUCGUCUCCCAGGCAUCUGGCCAAAUAGAGAAUAACAACAGCUGGAGUGUUGGUUUUUCUUUGCUUUUUCUAUUUUUUUGUUUGAAGUAUGGACGCUGGUAAGCCCAUGAAACUUACCUUCAGCCAAAUCUUUUAAUUUGGGUUUUUGACUUCAAAAUAGUGAAACAUUUGUACUGCCAAAGCGUGUUCUCUGAGCAGUAUUUUUCCACUGUAUUUCUGGCUUUCUGAGCCACAGAUACAGUCUGCAGGGAAAAGAAUUCAGGUUGUAGCGGGGGCAAAUACGAUGGGAAUGGUUGGAUUUAAGUGGAAGAAGAUUUGCAGUGGUUUUUCUGGCUUGUCUUGAACCUCUCGGUCUUUUCAACUGCCGGUUUCCAUCGUAUCUUGCCCUUUCUAGUAUGAUGUUUGUCUUUCUGACAGUUUUACGCGAUCUGUUUGUACAUAAUGCAGACCAUUUUUGUUUGACGUUCACUUUUUAUAAAAUCAGUGAUUUUUUUUUUCUCUAUCCAGUUGCCUUAAAUGUUUGUGAAUGAAUGUUGAUUAUGAAAAGUGUCUUGUAACAUUGUGGGAAUCCCACAUCCAGCAGACAGUAGAACUUCUGGGGGGUGGGUUGGGGGGAGGAAGGUCUUCCCUCUCCUCUCCCAAUUCUGAUAAACUCUGGGAUAUUGAAAUUGUUCAAUUUGUGGAAAAUCAUGGUUCUUGGCAAUUAAAGCAGCCUUUCCUAACCUGGGCACCAUCCAAACAGAUGGAUUUCAAUUCUGGGGCUCCGCAAUUUAUAUAGUCCUGAUUGAGAAUUCAGGGAGUUGGAAGUUACUCAUGGAAGGCACCUAGUCUGAGGAAAACAGCUUUAAAAUUUAGGCAUUACUUCUGUUUGGGCUGGCUUUUCUGAGGCAGAACUCAUUUUAUGAACUCUUUAUCUUGUUUAUGAAGCCUAUUACAGCCAUACUCAUAGUGCUUGGGGAUCCCUCAGAUCUAUUGCCCUGGUUUUGUGGCUGAUCUAUGAUAAAUCACAUGCAGGAAGAAGAAAGUCAGCUGUUGUCCACUUCGGUGUGCCAUUCAACUGUCCAAUCCGUUAUUUUUAAACUCUGACACGAGGCGUUGCUGUAAACGAAGAGUUCUGUUCACAUCUGCACAACUCGCGCACACACCGACCGGUGGUGUCACACAUGCCCCGGGUUGAACACAA